AUACCUCUCUGUUCUUCCUCUCUCUCUUCCCCCACCACAGUCACCACUUUACUCUUCUCCAUCAGGGGUCCGAUCCCAUCUCCAAUUUUAAACCCUAGAAAUCAAUCUCAAAAGCAAGCGUGCUUCAUUAAUGGCGAGCUUCAUUCUCUCCAGGUCAUUACUCGUUCUACUCCUGUCUCUCACCGCAUUACUCUCCAGCAUCUCGAUUUCGGAAGCUACCUCAUCGUUCUCGUUCACAAGCUCCGGUAAAAAUGCGAGCUUUGAGUCCGAAGACUUUGCCCUGUACGGCGACGCUAAGCUCGUCGACGGCGGAUCUUCGAUUCAGCUGACUGACUCAGUGAGUCACGGUGGUGGGCGAGUCAUCUAUAAGAAACCCAUUGAGUCCAUGAACAAUAUAAAAUUCGAGUAUUUCACCGGAUUCUCUACUUUCUUCUCUUUCUCGAUUUCUCCUAGUCGUGGUGGGAGACUCGGAUUUGUAGUGUUUCCUGUUAAUGAAACGUUUGAUCACUCUUUAUUCCAAGUAAAGUUCGAUACUUUUGACAGUUUCACCCAAAUUGGAGAUUCUAAUGUCGCGGUGAUUGUUGAUGGUGCUACGGUGUCUGAGAGGAUUCGCAAUUUCACGAUCGCAAACUUGGAGAAGACGGAGAAGGUUUUGUUGUACGCUUGGAUUAAUUACCAAGCUGGUGGCAAGUUCUUAGAAGUCCGGUUAAGUAAAUCUAAAAGCUUUGAAUCUGUUCUUCCUCUGAUGUUUGAUCAGAUUGAUUUGUCACAAAUGUUGAGAGAUGAGGAUGAGUUCAUGGUUGCUGUGAAUUCGUAUAGUGGGAAUGUAAAUCUUCAUUCUUGGAGUUUAGAAGUGAGACACUCCGAGUAUGAGCACUCUUGGGCGCCGGUGCUUUUGGAGGAACAACUUAGAAAAGAGGAACAACUUAGAAAAGAGGAGGCUGCGAAGAAGAGGACAAGUGAUAGGAUGUGGGAGGUUGUCACUUGCUUCGUCAUGACCUUUGGAUCAACAGGGCUUGUGUUCUUUGCCAUGAUGCAUAUAUAUGCAGCUUUCAAAAGGAACAAUCUUGCGAUGGUGAUGCAGGAGGAAUGUGGGAUCAAGACCAAGGAGUUUGGGUAUAAGAAGAUGGAGAAAAUGGAAGUUGUGACGAGUAAUGCUGAUGCGAAACAAGAAAGGAAGUGAAGUCAUGUUUGGUGAUUUUUGUGUGUUUAGGAUAUGUGAACUGUUAAUGUAGUCAAGUAGAUUCUUGGUAACUAGUUAUCCACGAGGUUCUUCACUGGCUAAUGUAACCCCUUCUUAUUUUCAUGUGUGUAAGCUUGCAACCUUGUUACCAUUUGGCAUUUUAGUUUGAUUUGGCAUGUAAAAAUAUGAGAAGAAUGUUGUAGAAUGCACACCAAACUUGAGUGCGAGGGAUGACAAAAACAAAUUCCAACUCCUACACAAAAUAGAUUUGUAACUAAUCACAAUCAUUUGAAGAACGCAAUGUAGUUUAUCUUCAUCUACACAAAAUCUUCAACCGGAGAUAAGCUUCAAGACGAUGACUGCUGUGUUAAUGAGCAUGAGGGGUAGCCUCAUGUACUGGCAGGCAUGGAUCAGACCAAUGAUUUGGCCUUUGGGAGAGUUUCUUCUAUCGGUUUGGUGGAGUUCUCCGAGUGUCCAUCCUCUUGGAACAAGGAAACGGUCUUCGUUGAGGAUUGCCAGUGCAUUUGCAAAGAGCAGCAGACCUUUUAACAAUGUCCAGAAGCCCAUUCUUUU